AUGCAAUAUUUUUCAUUAUUUUUUUCUAGCACAGAUGACCUUCUAGGCAUAGUCAUAACGGAUCGUGAUGGAGUCCCUCUAUUAAAAGUGUCGACAGAGGAUGCUCCAGAACUUGGAAUGCGUCCAGCAUUUCUUUCUACAUUUGGAAUGGCAACUGACCAAGCGGGAAAACUAGGCAUGGGAAAGAAUAAGAGAAUGGUUUGCAUUUAUGGAAACUAUCAGGUUGUGCAUUUCAACAAGCUUCCCCUUGUAAUAACCGUUAUUGGAACCAGUACUGCAAAUACAGGAUUGCUAAUGGAAUUGGAGGACCAGUUUUCACACAUCGUCACUCAGCUAACUCCAGUUGUAGAUAUUUCAUGAAAAAAUAGGUUAUUUUUAGUUUGGUAGUGUAUAGAAAAUGUACUGUAUUCAAUUGAUAUUUUUCCAUCAACUGUGUGGGUUUAUAGAGCAUGAAAUGGUAUAUACUACCAGUACAUACCCAACCCAUUUACCUUAAUGUACCAUAAUAUCGGGUCCUUGCCAUUUAUGGCUUUUAAUAAAUUAGAGAAUGAGUAUAAUAAAAGAAGAAUUGAAGAAGGAAAUCAAGGAUAUUAAAGAAACUUCUUUCAUAUGUAAGGUAAAAUUAUAUUUAACCAUGACAGAUUUUUUAUGAACUUAAUUAUUAAAGUAAAUGAUAAAGUACAUUGAUAAUUAAACUAUUUCAUAACCCUUUUCACAUUUUCUAUGUAAAUUUACUAUAUAGGAAGGUAAAAAAAUUAUAUGGUAUGCAGUAUUGUUUAUUACAGAAAACCAUGAGUAUUGUAGAAAGGAAAGAUUGUGUAUUAAAAGAUAAGUCUCAAAAACCAAAUGAAGGAGGAAGGAGUCGAGUAUUACGUGGAAUUUAAAUGAUCCAGGAAAGAAGACUUGGUAUAUCACCCUUGGGCGAGUUCUCUUAUCUUUUAACCAUGCAUUUAGUAAAUUGUUGAGUACC